UCGGAUUCAUCCAUGGCGAGCUCCUCCACAAAUUCAUUCCCCUCAUCUCCCUUUGCACACUUCGCCACAGAGAAGCUUACGAGAGGGAACGAAGCACUCUGGCGCGCCACGGUCCUCUCGGCCAUCCGAGGGGCGCAGAUGGCGGCCUUCCUCGACCUCGAGCAGGAGGUGCCAUCCACGCACAUUGAAGUCACCUCCUCCGACGGCAAAACCAAGUCCAAGGCUCCGAACCCUGAGUUCGGCGUGUGGUAUGCGCGAGAUCAGCAGGUGUUCUCAUACCUGCUGACGACGCUGCCCCGCGAGAUGGCUAUCCAAGUGGCAACAUGCCAUACCGCAGCUGAGCUGUGGAACACCGUGCAAGGGAUGCUGGCGUCGCAUACCCGCGCACAGACCGUCAACGUCAGGAUUGCUCUGGCGAACCUCCAGAAGGGCAACCUCUCCGUCGCUGAAUACGUCGGUAAGGUCAGAACACUUUGUGAUGAAUUAAUGGCUUCAGGAAAGAAGGUGGACGAGGAAGAUAUCGUCUCCCAUAUCCUCGCUGGACUCGACGAGGAGUUUGACCCCGUGGUUUCUGCCAUGUGCUCAUGGGUCGAACCUGUCGGGGUGCCGGAGCUGUACUCGCAGCUCCUGAGCUUCGAGACUCGCAUGAACCUGCGUGGCGGGUCCUCUUAGUCAUCUGCAAACGCGGCAGGACGUGGUCGUGGCUUCCCCAACAAGCAAGGUGGCGGCGGCGGCCGUGGCUUCCCCAACAAGCAAGGCGGCGGUGGCGGCGGUGAUCGCAACCGCAACUACUCCAAGCCGCCAAACCGUGGAAACGGGGGAGGCAGUGGCAACGGAGGUGGCAGCGGCGGGAACUACAACAACAAUCCCUCUGCCAAGCCUACGUGCCAGAUCUGCGGCGAGAUUGGACACCCUGCGUGGAAGUGUUGGAAAAGGUAUGAUUCAUCUUACCAGGGAGGAGAAGAACAGUAGCACCAGCGCUCGGCAAACAUGGCGGCUCCCCAAUAUGGAGUGGAUACCAACUGGUAUCUUGACAGCGGCGCGACAGAUCACAUCACGGGAGACUUGGAGAAGCUGACAGUUCGCGAUCGCUACACAGGAAACGAGCAAAUCCACACAGCUAGUGGAUCAGGAUCGGGCAACGAAGAGAACCCUUCUUCGCGGCAGGGGUAGGCGAGGCCUAUACCCUGUAAAACACAUGGAACAAGAUGCCAAAAAGCAUGUGCUCAGUGUCACCUCUCCAUCCUCGGACAGAUGGCAUUGGCGUCUAGGACACCCUUCAUCGAUUAUUGUUAGCAAAAUAAUUAGCAAGAAUAAGCUUCCAUGUGUUAGUUUGUCAAAUAAUGAACUUGUUUGUGAUGCUUGCCAGAAGGGCAAGAGCCAUCAGUUACCAUAUCCAAAG